UUCUUAAAAAAAGAUAACGCCGGUCUAAAAGUCUUAGUGCGAAAAAUCCUUCUGGCUAAUCUUUCGAUCCAAUCUGUACGAACGAUGCCAUUAGUGCUGCAGCUCUUUGCAGAUAACGGCCUCAUUAUAAAAGAAUCAGAUUCCGUACGAAAAGGCCAGUCUGUUUUCAACCACGCUUGCAGUACUGUCUCCCCCGACCUUUCGAAUUUGAAGCGAUGGUUAUUUUUAAUCACUCUCAGAGUGACAGUGAUGGGAGUCUGUCAAGUGGCGAGAACGCUGUGCCACACGCUCAGAAUGCCCCUGUCAAGUGCUGCUGGGAGAUGUGCGGCUAUUGGUUCAGCCAGUUAGAAGUUCUUGCGGCGCACGUCGCCCAUGCCCAUGCCGUGCCUGGCAAAGGUGGACUGUUUUACUGCGGCUGGGAAGGCUGCAUGAGGGGCGACAGGGGAUUUAACGCAAGAUACAAGAUGCUCGUGCACGUCCGGACGCAUACGAACGAAAGACCCCACUUGUGCUUCAAGUGUAAUAAAACUUUCAGCCGGGCUGAAAACCUCAAGAUUCAUUCAAGGACACACACGGGCGAAAAACCGUACGUUUGCACUGUUGAAGGCUGCGGCAAGGCGUAUUCCAAUUCCAGCGACAGGUUCAAGCACAUGAGGACACAUUCGGACGGGAAGCCAUACGUCUGCAAAAUACCCGGUUGCCCCAAGAGGUACACCGACCCCAGUUCGUUGCGUAAACACCUCAAGACCUACCGACACACCCAGCAAAUACCUCUUGAACCUAAGAACAACUGCUGCAAAAUGGAUGAAGAGAAGCCUUUCUACUCCGAACCACAAGAGCCCAAAGAAAUUUACCCCUCGAAACCCGUUCAAUACCCCUGGCCCAGUCUUAUACAGUGGUAUAUGAAAGACCAGUCUUUCUGCACUGAACAGGAUACACCUUUAGACCUCACGUGCCCUUUAAAACUACAACACAAGGUCUGAUUGACGUUAUAAUAAUUUUUAAUAACAAAUGUGAUCUGUAUAUAAGUUUAGUUAAAGACUGAGUUGUUUUUAAGUGAUAUUUGUUUCAAAAUGACUUUUUGAUAUUUUAUAAUGUGAAGAAAAAAAAUCACUACCAAGGACUUUCAUUAGAUUUUGAGUAGAUACUACCUCAAAGACUAUAAAAUACCAAAUAUGGAAUCUCAGAUUGUCAUCAGUAUUAUUCUAAGAAAGGUUCAAACCUAAAGUCAUUUUUAUAUAUGUAAUUCUGAUCAAUAUAACUUAUUUUGUAAAUAUAUCCACCAAAGAAGCAUAUUUUUUUUUUGUACAAAAAUAAAUUUUUCUUUCAGUGUUAUAUUUGAACCAUAGGCACUGUCAUGUGCAAUUUUAGAGUGGAUGUGUUUUUUGUUUUUGUAAACAUAAUAAAUUCUUCCAUAAUUUAA